AUGUUGGAGACACUCAGCAGAGAAGUUGAUGAUAAUGAAUUAUUGAACUCUCUCUAAGCAGUUAAUAGGAAUUACUAUAAUUGCUUGAUUAGAUUGAAGAAUCCAUCAAGGCCAAGAUCAAUACAAGUUAAACUGACGAAAUUCUGUCAACAUCAAGAAUUGCUGAUUAUUUACAUUAGCUCAAAUAAGAAAUCGCUUGGUAUGAGAAUGAAGUUGCCAAACUUAAUGGAGGCUUGGGGAGAUUCACCAGAAGAAACAGUAAAACAAAGAUAAAAGGAAUUGGACACAUGUGAAAGUGGAAUCAAUGCCAAAAUUGAAGAAGCUAAAGAAUUCAGAAAUCACGUGAGUGAAUAAAUCAUUCAUAAUGAAUCCAGAUAGGCUCGUUUCUUAGAGUAAAAGGACUUAGUUGCUUAAUUGAUUGUUGAAUAUUAAAAUGCCUUCAAUAAAAUUGGAGAGACCUACAAAAUUAGAAUCGAUGAUUAUGUUGAAGAUGGAGUAUUUGACAAGACUGUUGAUUUUGAUAAAAGAUCAUUAACUGACCUCUAUGGUGACAAGGAGAACAAUUUCGAAUAAUACGUCGAUGAUUUAGUGAGUGGUGUUGCUACUCCAGUUGAAGUCCCAGAAGUUGAAGAAGUUCCAGAACCAUAAAGUGUUUUUGUUGGUGGAAGCGAGUCAGGAAGUGAGUCAGAGGGCGAAGAGGCUGAAACUACUGAAGAUGUGGAGGAGACUGUUACUCAAGGAACAGAAGAGAGUGCUACUGAAGAGGUAACCACUCAGGAGACAGUCGAGACUACAACUCAACCAGAGGUGGAAACUAAGAGCGAGGAAACCAAUUAUUUUGAAUAAGGCGAAGUUCAACAAUCUGUUUGA